AUCUAGUCUCUUCCCUCUAUCUCUCUUGUUCGAUUCGAUACUGAUGAUGACGAUUCUCUUUCUCUUUCUCACAUCCCACUUCUGACUUCCUUCCCCAGAUAAAUAAAAAAAAAACCCUAAUUAGGCUAAAGCAAAAAAAGACUUUUGCAACUUUCAUGUUCUCCACUAGCUUCCGCACAACAUCUAUGCCCGACAAAGUGAAACAAGAAACCUCUCGAUCUUUCCAAGAAAUGGCGGAACUGCAACCAGGUAACGACGGCAAUAACCAGCAGCCCAACGGCGGCGGCGUUCCUCCUCCUUCGCUGCCGUCGACAUCAGCGGAAGCUCAGGCCGGAUCGAAACGAUUGAGGAGACCGAGCGUUCGAUUAGGAGAAAUCGGCGGCGGCGGCGAGCAGUACCAAGCGGCGGCGUACGAUUAUUCUCAGGUGAGGAGAGCCAAGAAAGAUAUGAUGAGCAAGUCGUCGACGAGGACUCGAGCUCUAACGAAUUUGAGUUCUGGGUACGAUAACAAUGUUGAUUCUUCUUCUUUCGGCGUUGGGAGUUGGCGGGUCAAGAAACGGGUCGGGUCGUCGACGAAGCGGGUGAGAUCCAAUUGGGUGUCGAGGAUUGGGGAAACGGAUCAGGGAGGGGAAGAGUUCGAAGGAGGAGGAGGGGGGUUUAGGGAUUUCAGUAGAGAGGAUUCGGAGAGUAGUCCGGUAAAGGACGAGUCUCGUGGUGGGUUUUACGGUGCUAGUAGUGGGAACAGAGAGUUCGAGUUGUUGUCGGAGCCGGCGGAGGGGGGAAGACAAGGGGUGAAGAUUUGGCUGCAAGAGCUAGGGUUAGGGAGGUAUUGGCCUAUGUUUGAGAUACAUGAGGUUGAUGAAGAGGUUUUGCCCUUGUUGACGUUGGAGGAUUUGAAAGAUAUGGGGAUUAAUGCUGUUGGGUCCAGGAGGAAGAUGUUUUGUGCUAUUCAGAAGCUUGGUAGGGAGUUCUCGUGAUAGAGGGAAUGAAUGUUGGAUAUUUUUGAUCUCCUGAGAAGAAAAGGAUUGUGUUUUUUUUUUUUCCUGCUUGCUGUUGGUGAGAUAGUCAGACAUGGCAAUGUCUGUAACCAGUGAAUGAAAGCCUUUUGCUAUAGAGGUAUUUCAGUUGCUGAUUGUUUUUCAUCUUUGCGUUUUGUGUUUGAAUGUAGCACUAGCUCAAUAGAAGUAGAAGUGGGAAAGAAGAAGAUGAAGAAGUUUUUUUUUUCCUUUUUACUCUUUUUGCUUCACCUGAGAUGUUUCCAUGUAUGGUCUUGAUGAACAUGUGGUGUAGGUGUAGACUAUAUACCGAUUUGUAAUAAAUGUCUGAAAGGAUGAAACUGAAUGUGUUCAGUCUAGCUUUUGAUUAGCAUCGUUAAGCGUUUAGGUA